AGCGGCCGCAUCUUCGGCACCGGCGUGCGUCGUCAAAGUGGCGGUUUUCAGCACCGGGCAUUUGUUUGGCGGUUGUGGCAGGCAUCUAGAUAUGGAGAGCACGGGGUUCUUGGAUAUGGACGUUCGCGGGCGCGGGCAGGGUCUUCGGGAUGACGAAAUCGAGGCGGUGGCGGUGGCGAUGGCCGUGACUGCGGUCGUCGUGAACAAGAUGCGCGUCAUCCAGUUGUGCGCCACACUGUCUUCUGGUGUUUUCCCGCGGGAGACUCCACGCUGGUGGAUUAAACGACGGACUGGCGGAACAUGGGAGGACCUCCGCCUGUGUGACGAUGCGACGGACGAGUACUACCGCCAGAAGUUGCGCAUGUCGAUGGCCAUGUUCAGGCAGAUCGUGGCCGCGUGCGCCGCGUACGUGGAGAAGAAGGUGACGCACUAUAGGAUGUCAUUGUCGGUGGAGCAGGUCAUCACGUUCCCGCUGUACAGGUGGGCGUCAGGAGAGACGUACGAGAGCGGCACUUUUGCCUUCGGCAUCGGGAAAGCAACUGGACUGCAGGCCGUCCGCGACGUCACUUCGGCAGUGCUGCAGGCGUACCCAGACGCGAUAAAGUGGCCAGUGGGCCGUAGACGCGCGCAGAUUCUGCGCGCUUUCCGUGACAAGGGUUUCCCCAACUGCUUCGGCGCAAAUGACUGCACACACAUCUUCAUUGACAAGCCCGUCGACGGACCAUCUGCCAACUACUACGACCGCAAACAAAAGUUUUCCGUGCAGGCGCAGGUGGUAGUGGAUUUGGAUCUGCGGAUCAUGGACGUCCACAUCGGAUACCCGGGAAGCGUGCACGACGUCCGUGUCCUGCACAAUUCCCAGCUGUGGAGGCGUGCACAAGCUGGCGAGCUGUUCGACGCACCUCCGGUGAGUCUGUCGCACGGAGUCGUCACGCGAGGUUACCUGCUAGGCGACAACGGUUAUCCUGUUGUCUGCCCCUGGAUCGUGCAGCCGUACGGAGGAAUCGACCAAGGUCUUGAGGAGGAGCGGUUUGACACGCGGCAGAAGGUGGCGCGGGGGUGUGUGGAGAGAGCUUUCGGGUGGCUGAAGUGCAUGUGGCGUUUUUUCUUACGCACCCACUAGACGAACCUGGAUACCUUGCCGCAGCAAUUCGUGGCAGUGUGCACUUUGCACAACAUCCUCCUAGACGCCGGGAUCGA